CGGAAAGAGAAGAAGGGGGCGGUUCCUUGGUGUGUUUGGGGUAAAUCCUGUUGUUAAGCCGUUAGCCUAGCAUACUAGCUGGCUAGUUAUUACAUGUACAAUACUGUAAAGACUUCAGGCCCAGUAAUAAUGGCAGAUGACAUUCUGUUCGAGUUUCUUCACAUGGAAAUGGUGUGUCAUAUUUACACAGAGCAGAUGACCCGGGAAGACAUAGAUAAGGACAGAGUAACGUGUGUGUCUGUAUUAGAGGGAAUGGGCUUCAGAGUGGGACAAGGCCUAAUCGAAAGGUUUACAAAAGAUUGCCCCACCUUUAAAGAUGACCUAGACAUUAUGAAGUUCAUCUGCAAAGACUUUUGGAACGGUAUCUACAGAAAGCAAAUUGACAACCUGAGAACCAACCAUCAGGGAACGUAUGUCCUACAGGACAACAAGUUUGCACUGUUGACUCAGUUUUCCUGCAGGACGCAACAGCUUGAAGAAUCCUCUAAAUAUUUGGCGUACACAUGUGGUUUAAUUAGAGGAGCGUUAUCCAACCUGGGCUUGGAGAGUGUGGUAACUGCGGAGGUUUCCUUAUUGCCAUCAUGCAAAUUUCAAGUUGUGAUCCAGAAAACCUAAACCCUUGGCAUAUCCAGUCUGUCCAAAUCCUCUGAAUGUAAUAACAUGGAUCCUUAACGUUUACAAAGAACUGGAUGUUUAUGGCACUUAUUACUUCAGACAGGGUUACAGUGACGUCACUUACACCAGCUGAUGCAUUCAUCAUAAAUAGUUAUAACGUUGGUAAUCAAAUGACUUAAUGCAAGAAAUGGUACUUGAACCUUGCUUAUCAAAUAUAGAAUUUUGAUUUCUAUUUUUAUUCAGGAUAAGCUACAGAUAUAAAAGGUACUGUUAUUUUGGUAAUAAGUGCUCAAAUGUAGUGUCAUGCAGUAAAACAGUUGUCCAAGGUACUUUACUGAAUUUUCUUACUUAAAGCUAAACACAGCACUUCUCAGCAUAAUGUGUAGAAUGUAGUCAUAUCUACCUCUUUUCUACAAAAAAACAUUUGCAGUGAAAAUGCUGCAGUUUACUAAAACUCAGAGUUUGUUGUUGAAGGAAAAUAAUUUAUUAAACAAGUAGAAUCUUAAAUGUAAUUGUAUAACAUUAUUUUUUUACAUGGAAAUGUGAAAGCUCGUACAAACUGUAAGCGCACUGUGAUGACCUAAUUUUUGAUUUCGUAUACAUUUCAGCAAAUAUUGUGUAGCAACGUUUUAUAUUAUUAUUGUUAUUGUAUAAUUUGUUAAAUUAUUUCAGGUAAAUUAAUUUCUUUUACAAUAGUGUAGUUAAAAGAACCAAGAAACAAUUGUUCAAAUGUGUUGUACACUGGAUCUGGGUUAACAUGAACACCGACUCCACAAUAUGCAAGCUCUUUGUGAAGUGUGUUUUUCAACCCGAGCUCCAGCUGUCACAUGCAACUCCCUUCAUUAAAAGAGUUUGGCUUUUUCUUAAAUGAUUUUCAUGCUGUUUGUUGUGUUAAAUAUUUUUUUUGUUCAAGUGUGCAAAAAAUAAUUAUGAUUUAGUUUUUAAGUAUAUGUUUUUUUUUUUUUUAUAUAUCUGUCCCCUUUUGGAUCUGUGCUAUUUCUACAAGGGAAAGUGACUUUUUGUAUUGUUAAAAGAAUAAAUAACAGCAGGUUUGGAGUUAACUUAUUAUUUA